CACACCGGGUUUAUAAUGAGUUGUAAUGAUAUCGGGUUUCUGUUAACAACCAUAUUCGUCAGCCAUGCCGCGAGGAAAGUCCACAUUCCGAGAGUAUUGUCUAUAUCCACCAUUGUGUUCGGGGUUUCUGGAAUUCUUUGCACUUUGGCUUAUGUUCUUUCGCCUACCUUAUGACCGAAGGUCAAGGACUUUUAAAAGGUCAAGAUAUAGGUCAAGGUGAAUCCUUUAAUUUCAAUGAAUCGUCGUCAAUAGAAGGGGGACAACUCUGCGAUGGAGCAGAUAAAGUUAACUGUUCACUUGUUGAUGUAACAAAAGUAAAGAUCGGGGCUCCCACAAGCUUCACGCCUGUGGCUUUGACGAUCAUCGCAGUUGGAAUGAUUCUUCAGGGAUUUGCUAAAUCUCCAAGGCAACCGUUUCUGACGUGUUAUAUCGACGACAAUGUGAAGAAGACCAGUACAGGAAUGUAUCUGGGAGUGAUAAUGGCGCUCAGUAUUUUCGGACCAGCAAUAGCUUUUGGACUUGGUGGGUUCUUUACUCAGAUUUACAUCACCCUCGAGGACGUGUACAUCACCCCCAGGGACCCCCGCUGGGUGGGGGCCUGGUGGCUGGGCUUCCUCCUGUUUGGUUUCCUCGCAAUCCUAUCAGGAAUUCCAGUCUUCUGUUUCCCGCGCAGGUUCAAAUCGAGGCCAAUGGAUCACGGGGACGGGAAGUCAGGUUUUCUGGAAAACGUUAAAGACAUCUUUAAGGGUCUCGGGAAGCUGGUGACUAACAGGUUGUACAUGUUGGUGGUGUUGGCCAACUGUCUGACCUUGUUUGUUGUUGGGGGGGUCUUAGCGUUCCUACCUAAGUACAUGGAAACACAGUUCCAGAUUCCGGCCUGGUUCGCGAACAUCGUGAUGGGAAUAAUCGGUGUAUCCGCUGCUGCCUUGGGGAGUUUUUUAGGCGGAUGUCUUGUGACCAAAUUGAAACUUACUCCAGUCGCCUGUGCAAAAAUGAUCCUGGGAAUCUCGAUUUUCUCCGUCUUCAUCCCGAUUACUGGAUAUUUUCUGGGAUGUAACAACCCGAAGAUUGUAGGGUUUAACGUUCAAAGUACCCAUGGACAUAUGAAUUGUACAGAAUCUUGCCGAUGUGACGAUACGGAUUAUUUCCCAGUCUGUGGAUCGGACGGACAAAACUACUUCUCGCCGUGCCACGCCGGAUGUUCUGAUCAACAAGGGCAGACGUUUGUGGAGUGUUCCUGUCUAGGAGUUAACGGAACUGCUACCCCAGGUCUCUGUGACUCCGACUGUAACAUGUUGGCACCGUUCAUGACACUGUCUUUCUUUGGCGGUCUCGUAGCCACCAUGGCAGGCAUGCCUAGUAUUAUCUUCAGCAUCAGGUGCGUCACAGAUAAACAAAAGUCGUUGGCUGUCGGAUUGUCUUCAUUUCUUCAGACACUCCUCGGUUGGUUCCCAGGGCCGAUGAUAAUGGGAAUGGUUACCGACACUUCCUGUUUGACUUGGAGCACUUCCUGUCGUGGUAAAGGCGCAUGCUCUAUGUACGACAUCUAUGACUUCCGACUGAAGCGUCACAUAAUCGAACUUGCUGUAAAAAUUGUUGUAGUUUCGAUGCACAUAGCUAUGUUUGUCAUUGCCAAACGAACCGAUUGGAGUCAGUUUGAUCACAAUGAAACUAUAACCGACAAGCCGGAAGGAGAAAUGCUGAUGAUUUCUAAUGGAAAAACCAAAGCGGGAUGGACAGACUACAAAGAUCCAAUUGUAAAGAAGAGAUGAUGACAACAUUUAAAAUAGUACCGCAGAUAGCAUUUUGAUAUUUAUCCGGGUGGACAUGCUGACCCCGAUAUCAUGAUGGCCCCUAAAUCAUCAACUAAAAAUUACGGACGCAAUCACCACUGAUGUUCAUUCUAUCAGUAUUCGAUAGUAGUUAAGACGAUUUAAAACUCUAAAGAUAAUAUUAAUAAUGGCUGUCAUCUCGUUUUAUCCUUGAAAAUGUAUACAGUUAAUUAGUACUAUAGCAAAAAAGAUGCACCAGGGUGUUCAGUGUAAGUUGAAGUCCCCCCGAGGUUUGCCGUAACCUAUUGGUGGACUGGAGUAUCCGAGGUUUCCCCGUAACCUAUUGGUGGACUGGAGUAUCCGAGGUUUCCCCGUAACCUAUUGGUGGACUGGAGUAUCCGAGGUUUCCCCGUAACCUAUUGGCGGACUGGAGUAUCCGAGGUUUCCCCGUAACCUAUUGGUGGACUGGAGUAUCCGAGGUUUCCCCGUAACCUAUUGGUGGACUGGAGUGUCCGAGGUUUCCCCGUAACCUAUUGGUGGACUGGAGUGUCCGAGGUUUCCCCGUAACCUAUUGGUGGACUGGAGUAUCCGAGGUUUCCCCGUAACCUAUUGGUGGACUGGAGUAUCCGAGGUUUCCCCGUAACCUAUUGGCGGACUGGAGUAUCCGAGGUUUCCCCGUAACCUAUUGGUGGACUGGAGUGUCCGAGGUUUCCCCGUAACCUAUUGGUGGACUGGAGUGUCCGAGGUUUCCCCGUAACCUAUUGGUGGACUGGAGUAUCCGAGGUUUCCCCGUAACCUAUUGGUGGACUGGAGUAUCCGAGGUUUCCCCGUAACCUAUUGGUGGACUGGAGUAUCCGAGGUUUCCCCGUAACCUAUUGGUGGACUGGAGUAUCCGAGGUUUCUGUUACAGAGAUUGAAUUUUUAAAUGAAAAUCAUAAAAUACAACAGUCAAAGGGAGACUACUUAUUCGUAUAUCUUAAUUAUAAUAACGUCCACACGUCGAAUACAGGUGAUAUACAUAUGAUAUAAUUACAGCAAUUACCUGAUUAUUAUGACCAUAUCAUAUAAACUGUAUGUCACUCAGAUGUUGACAGACUUUGCACACACGUCCAUAUGCAGAUAUCUGCACUAGCAAUAACUAGCAAUACAAUAAAGAAAUGAAAUUUAGUUUAUAUAUACAUUUAUACAGUUCUUUAAUGGCUCAAAUGUAUGCCGAGAACAAAAAUCAUUGACCAAAGUACCAAAAUACAUGCUCAGUGGAUGGCUCUUUAUUAAUCCUUAUUAGAAAAGAAUUUACAGAAAAGUUGACAGAGCAAAACAGGAUCUUUCCUGACAUAGUGUACACCCGAGAUUUAUAUUAACCCUUAUUGUGGACUUGAGUACCUGAGAUUGGCCCUAACCCUGUUACCCAAGUUAUCGUAUUUGAGGACUAUUAUAUAGCUAUACAUAUAUGUAACUAUAUCUAAUAUUUGUAUUUACUACAGGUGUUCAAUACUAUUGCAAUAAUGAGUUUUUAUUUUCUAAUAUGCGGAUUUAUACAACUGCCUCGUACUCUGAUUUAUUUACCAAUAAAUGAGUCUAUCUUUAUAUUGUAUUGUUGAUAACAAAUAAAUAAAACAGAGAAUAAAACACGCUUCUUAUGUC